GUCACGUGCCAUUCACGUGGCUACUGUAUGUCAACUUCCGGUUCAUCAAAAUGGAGAAGAGUUUUGUACCAGCGGUGUUGGCUGGAUGGAUUCAGUUGAUUGUUCCCCAACCGUGCUUUGACGAAUUCUUUCUUAAAUUUAAUUUACUACACGUUCCCUGUCUGAAGGUAGUAAUAAGCAAGUGUCUAGGAUAUGCCAUAAUUCUUGGAGCAUGUAUAGUGAAAAUUCCUCAGAUAGUGAAGAUCUUGAGAUCACAGAGUGCUGUGGGUAUCAGUCUACUCUCUGUGACCUGCGAACUGCUAGCAAUUUCAGCUUCAUGGUCUUACGGGUUUGCCAAACAGUUCCCAUUCAGUUCAUAUGGAGAAGCAAUGUUUCUUGGUCUCCAGACAUCAUCCAUAGCGUUCCUUAUCUUUUAUUAUAACGGAAAGACGACUCAAGGUCUACUUUACCUGGUUGGUUACGUCAUCACCAUGGUGUUCCUUCUGUCACCACUGGCGUCAUUAUCCCUGCUAGCAGUGUUGCAAGGCUUGAAUGUUGGUGUCGUUGCUGUCAGCAAAUUGAUCCAGGCAUACCAGAAUUACAGCCAAGGCAGCACGGGCCAGCUGUCAGCUGUUACUGUGUUUCUGCUGUUUCUAGGCGCCGUUGCUAGGGUGUUCACGUCCAUCCAGGAAACGGGGGACAGUCUUGUCAUCUUUACGUAUGUCGUGGCCUCGAGCUGUAAUGGACUUAUCGCAGCUCAGAUGGCGUACUACUGGAAUGCACAACCAAAGUCAAAAUCAAAAACUUCAUAACUUAAAACAUAAGAAAAUGUCUUGGAAGGAAUGAGUAUUUUUCAGAAAUUAUAUGUGUGUCAGA